UGUGGAUCUGUUCCCUACGUUCGUGCCAUGCGGCGCUUCACAUGAGCACGAGAGGACGCGCAAGUAGGCCAUCGAUAAAAUCUCGCGGCUACACUUCUACCAGCAGUGUUACAUACUCUCUGUUCCUCCACCGGUGCCAAUGUGUCUUCCUUUCAUGUAUAUUCUCCUUUUCAAAUACUACACCGCACACUAAUUUUCUUAUAUCUUCCUCCAACCCAACCCAAAAUAUAAGAUACGAUCGCCAUUAAAUCAAAGACUAACAAAAUAUAAUUAUUAUCAAAUUUUCGUUUAGAUCACCACUAAUUUUAGAAGUGAACUUAAUUGUGAUCGGUGGCUCCAAACUUGAGCACGUUGGCGGUGGAUGCACAAAUAAUUGGCACCGGCGACGGCGACUAGUCCAAGCUUAUCAUCAGUUGUAGCCAUGAAGGUACACGCCGAUGGUUGAUAGCGAAGACAAGGAUGCUCCCGGCCGUGGGUGGCGCAAGCGUGUCACCAGCAACUGUUACAGACGUGAAGACGCUACUGGCCGCCGGCCGCGCCUCCUCACGCCAAGCCGAUCUUGCCGCCGGCCACGCCACCUCGCACCGUGCCGACAUCCACUACCGCUGGCCACGCCAACCAAAUGCGGCCAUCUGCCACGCCUCCCCGGCUAGCCGCCCGUGGCCGUGAAACCACCGCGCCGUGCAUCUCACCGGCAGACCACCGCCGUCGCCGGGCUCACGCCGCGGUCCUUCUCCGGCGCCCAACUCCUUCCCCGCCUCCACUUUGACAGCAGUCGUGACGGUCGCCUCCACAGCCACAGUUCUCCCUCCUCGUUGCCUCCCCGCAACCUCGCCACCGCUGCCGUCUCCGCACGGUCGCGCCACCGCCUCCUCACGGCCGUGUGACGCCAUUGGCUCCGUAUGGCCGCCCCCGCCUCCUCACGGCUGCGCCACGGCCUCCGCACCCCGCCGCCUCGCCGCCUGGGGUCGGAGCUCGGCCUCCCGCGCCGGAUCCGGACAGGAGGGGGCCGGAACCAGCCACCCCGCCGCCUCCACCGCCGGAUCCACGCGCAUCGCCGCCGGCGGCGGCUCGGGAUCCCCCCCUCCAGUUCCCCGCAGGAGAGUGCAGGAGCCAGCACCGCCGCCUCAUUGUCAUCGGCCCAGAUGCCCACCUCUUCAACCGUCGUCGAUGCCGCCACCUCGCCGACGCCAUGCGCCACCGUCGAGCUCCACAUUGCAGCCGCGGAAGUCGCCACCCCGGAGCUAGGUCGGGGUCGUGGGCUCCGAACGCCGCGACCUCAGGGGGAGAAGGCCCCGCCGCCGUCCUUGCGGCCGUGCGGUUUCCGGCAGCCGCUCAGCCGGCAGCGAGGCGGAAGGAGGGCGAUGGGGGUGGUGUGGCGGAAGCUGCUGGGUCGCCUCCCGUGUCGCCCCUGCCCUGGGAGUGACGCGGAAGGGAAAACGGUGUAUCUGGGUCUGCGCUUGGUCUUCCUCGGUUGCCUGCUGCAGCUAGGCAGGGCGCAGCGCCUGGCGACGGCAGCGGCAGCAUGAACGAACAGGCUCCUGGCCAAGACUGCAUCUCGACCAUAUCGAGGACAUCACCUUCCCGGUGUUCACCGGACUGGAGGUGCUGCCUCCGGCUCCGGCUCCGGCGACCGGCAAUGGCGGCGGAUCAGGCGAUCAUCGAUCGGAAGGAAGGGCUCCGAAUGAUCAAGCACAAGUCGAGGCGUUACGCCGAGCUCGACGACGGCGGCACUAGAAGCGUCAAAUCCGUGCUCUAAACCUCAUCUAGCUUAAUUUGUUCAUGAGAUAUAACGACAUUGUUUAUGAUCUACAUUUAAUUUAAGUACUUCCAAACUCCAGUUAUAAAUAUUUAACGUUUGUGAUAAGAUCGACCAUCGAUAAUUUCUCAUUGCUUAGUCUGAAAAAGAAAUUUGGUACA